AUGAGAUCACAUCAAUCUUCUUGGUUACCACGUAUUGGUUUAUUAUAUGUGGCGUUAGUUAUACUUAUACCAUUUUUGGUUUCACCGAAGCACGCAUUUGCCGUUGCUGCUGUGAGCGAUGAUGAAUCCUCGACAGAUAACUAUGGUACAGUCAUUGGUAUAGAUUUGGGGACCACGUACUCCUGUGUUGGUGUUAUGAAAAACGGUAAGGUCGAAAUCUUGGCCAACGAUCAAGGUAAUAGAAUCACUCCAUCAUACGUGUCGUUCAACGGCGACGAAAGAUUGGUUGGGGACGCUGCCAAGAAUCAAGCUUCCUCCAAUGUCAACAACACUGUUUUUGAUAUCAAAAGAUUAAUUGGUUUGAAAUAUAACGAUGACACUGUGCAAAAGGAACUUAAACAUUUGCCUUACAAAAUCGAAAACAAGGGCAACAAACCAGUUGUUAAAGUUGAAUACCAAGGUGAAGAAAAGACAUUCUCCCCAGAAGAAAUCUCUUCUAUGGUUUUGGGCAAAAUGAAGAGUAUUGCUGAAGAUUACCUUGGUAAAAAAGUCACUCACGCAGUUGUCACUGUUCCAGCUUAUUUCAACGAUGCUCAAAGACAAGCUACUAAAGAUGCUGGUACUAUUGCUGGUUUGAACGUUUUGAGAAUUGUCAAUGAACCUACUGCUGCUGCUAUUGCCUAUGGAUUAGACAAAGGUGACAAGGAAAAACAAAUUAUUGUUUACGAUUUGGGUGGUGGUACCUUUGAUGUUUCUUUAUUGUCUAUUGAAGGUGGUGUUUUCGAAGUUUUAGCUACUGCUGGUGAUACUCACUUGGGUGGUGAAGAUUUUGAUUUCAAGAUUGUCAGAUAUUUGGCCAAACAAUUCAAGAAGAAACACGGUAUUGAUAUCACUGCCAAUGCUAAAGCCAUCUCCAAAUUGAAGAGAGAAGCUGAAAAGGCCAAAAGAACUUUGUCUUCUCAGAUGAGUACUAGAGUCGAAAUUGACUCCUUUGUUGAUGGUAUUGACUUUUCUGAAACUCUUUCAAGAGCCAAGUUUGAAGAAUUGAACAUUGCUGCUUUCAGAAAGACUUUGAAACCAGUUGAACAAGUGUUGAAGGAUGGUGGUGUUAAAAAAUCAGACAUUGAUGAUAUUGUUUUGGUUGGUGGUUCCACCAGAAUUCCAAAAGUUCAAGAAUUAUUGGAAGGGUUCUUUGAUGGCAAAAAGGCUUCAAAGGGUAUCAACCCAGAUGAAGCUGUUGCUUAUGGUGCUGCUGUUCAAGCAGGUGUUUUAAGUGGUGAAGAAGGUGUUGAUGAUAUUGUGUUGUUAGAUGUUAACCCAUUAACUUUGGGUAUUGAAACUUCUGGUGGUGUCAUGACCACUUUGAUCAAGAGAAACACUGCCAUUCCAACCAAGAAGUCUCAGAUCUUCUCAACUGCAGCUGAUAACCAACCAACCGUCUUGAUCCAAGUAUACGAAGGUGAAAGAACCAUGGCCAAAGACAACAACAGAUUAGGGAAAUUCGAAUUGACUGGUAUUCCACCAGCCCCAAGAGGUGUCCCACAAAUUGAAGUCACUUUCUCAUUGGAUGCCAAUGGUAUCUUGAAAGUUGAAGCUGCAGAUAAGGGAACGGGUAAAUCCGAAUCUAUUACUAUCACUAACGAAAAGGGUAGAUUAUCCAAGGAAGAAAUUGAUAGAAUGGUUGAAGAAGCUGAGAAAUACGCUCAACAAGAUCAAGAGUUGAAAGAAAAGAUUGAAGCUAGAAACUCAUUAGAAAACUAUGCCCAUGUAUUGAGAGGUCAAUUGAGUGAUACUUCUGAAACCGGUUUAGGAUCUAAAUUGGAUGAUGAUGACAAGGAAACCUUGGAUGAUGCUAUCAAAGAAACAUUAGAAUUUAUUGAAGAUAACUUUGAUACUGCUACUGCUGAAGAAUUUGAAGAACAAAAGCAAAAAUUAAUCGACGUUGCUAAUCCAAUCACAGCAAAAUUAUACGGUGGAGCUGGUGGAGCUGGUGGCGCUGGAGAUGCUAAAUUCGGUGACGAUGAUUCAGAUGAUGAAUUCGAUCACGAUGAAUUGUAA